AUGUUGUGCGGAGGCUCACCUGUAUUGCAGCAUGUAUUGCAUCACCGCAUGAUUUCUUCACCUGGGUUUCAUUGCAGGAAUUCCGGAGGAACCCCUAUUCUUCACAAUUGUUUCAGCCAGCGAGAAGAUGAUCCUGAGCUUCCAGCUGAAGGGUUAUCCCCAGUUUCAGGAGGUAUUGUUGCUCUAGGGAAGUUUGAUGCCCUGCAUGUUGGUCAUCGAGAGCUUGCUAUUCAAGCUUCCAGAACUGGAACUCCGUAUCUAUUAUCUUUUGUUGGAAUGGCGGAGAUACUUGGUUGGGAGCCUAGGGCUCCAAUAGUGGCCAAAUGUGAUCGAAAACGGGUGCUUACCUCUUGGGCCUCAUAUUGUGGAAACAGAGCACCAAUAGAGUAUGAGAUAGAAUUUGCCAGCGUGCGACAUCUUACCCCUCGACAGUUUGUGGAGAAGCUGUCAAAGGAGUUAAGAGUGCGCGGAGUUGUGGCAGGCGAAAAUUACCGAUUUGGAUAUAGAGCUUCGGGUGAUGCCACUGAGCUAGUGAGGUUGUGCGAGGAGUAUGGUAUCGGUGCUUACAUCAUAAACUCUGUGAUGGACAAGAAGCAAGACUCAGGAAAGAGAGACUCAGGUGACUUAAAAGACAGAGGGCAAGUUUCUUCUACACGUGUACGGCAAGCUCUUGCGGCGGGAGAUAUGAGGUAUGUAUCAGAGCUCCUUGGUAGAGCCCAUCAGCUUAUCUUGCAAGUCAGAAUCCAAGAUAUGCCGAGUGAAAGGAGGAUCUCAGUACCUAGAUCAUCAGUACUUAAUUUACCGCCUGGGAAUGGAAUUUACAAGUCAUGUUUGCUUCUAGUUGGCGAUGAGCUUUCAAUUCCCUGUAGCGUAGUUGUUGAUACAUCAGAUAUCCAUGUAGAAACAAAAGAGUUAAGACUCUGUAAUUCAGAUUGGUCUCAAGAGUUUCGACUCUUGAGUGUUGACUUUGGUUGA